AUGUCCGUCGAUGAAAGGGAAAACGUUGUCCGCCGUAAUCAAUUAUGUCGAAAUUGUUUGCGCCGUGGGCACUUAGCCAAAACUUGUUCCUCUGAGUCUAGUUGUCGCAAUUGUAAUAGUCGUCAUCAUACCAAACUCUGUUCGCCUCAAAGGUUCGAAAAUAAACCAGCUCAAAACAUUAGAUCAAACAAACCUAGUCCACCCAUUCCGAAACCUGAUAACCCAGCAUCUGAAACUUCCGCUGCCCAUUCUGGAGUCACUAGUUGCAGUUCGCAUGGUUCAACCUCUCGUAAAGUGCUUCUUGCUACUGCUGUCAUUUUAAUGGUUGAUGAUACCGGAAACGAAUACCCCGUCCGUGCAUUAUUGGAUUCUGGAAGCGAAUGUUGCUUCAUAGCCGAGCGUGUUAGUCAGCGUAUGAAGGUGCAGCGGAAUAGAGUGGAUGUUCCUAUUGCAGGCAUAGGACAGUCGUCAACAUGUGUUCGUUCAAAACUCCGUUCAACGUUCAAGUCGCGGAUUUCAAGCUUCAAGGCCACCGUUGAUCUAUUCGUUUUGCCGAAGGUUACCGUAGACUUGCCGACUAUUUCCAUAGACGCUUCCGCAUGGGAAAUACCUACAGGAAUUCAACUAGCCGACCCUGCCUUUUAUGAAUCAGCUAAAAUCGAUGUGGUGCUUGGUGCUGAUGUCUUCUUUGACCUCUUCAACGUUCCUGGACGAAUUUCUAUGGGUGAUUCAAUGCCACAUCUGGUAAACUCUGUGUUCGGAUGGAUAAUCUCGGGAAAGGUUCCUGAAAGGAAGGUCAACGCUCCUCUAAUUUGCAAUGUAGCGACUACAGCUGAUUUACAUCGAGAUAUGGAACGAUUUUGGCUCCUCGAAACUGAUGAUUCUCCUGCUUAUUCGCCCGAUGAAAUUUUAUGCGAAAAAUUAUUCGUCGAAUCGGUUUCACGUUCAUCCAGCGGUCGCUAUAUGGUUCGCUUACCUAUGAAGCAAGAUGUUUUGAAAAAUUUAUGCGAUAAUCGGAGAACUGCUUUGCAUCGAUUUCGUCUUCUAGAAGGUCGCCUCAAACGAAGUCCUCAACUAGCAAUUCAGUAUCGUGAAUUCAUGGACGUAUUCGACGCCUCUUGUAAGAGCUCAUCAGGUAUUUCUUUGAACGAUGCUAUGCUGGUCGGUCCGACCAUUCAGGAUGACCUUAGGUCAAUUAUUUUGCGAUCUCGAAUUCAUCCCAUUUUGAUUGUUGCCGAUGUUGCCAAAAUGUUCCGGCAAAUUGAAAUCCAUCCAAACGACACACCUCUUCAGAGAAUUUUCUGGCGGUCAGAUCCCGAACAAGAAGUUAAAAUCUUCGAAUUAAAAACCGUAACAUACGGUACUGCUGCAGCACCUUUUCUCGCUACUCGAGUUUUGCAGCAGAUGGCUCACGACGAGAGUAAAAAUUAUCCAAUCGCGUCCAAGGCGACUUGUCGAGACAUUUAUAUGGACGAUCUUAUUUCUGGUACGACAACAGUCAACGAAGCAAUCGAGCUUAUUACGCAGUUAGAAGGCAUGUUUUCCUCAGCAGGCAUGGAGCUACGCAAGUAUGCAAGCAAUUACCCGGAAGUCCUGGAGCAGUUGCCUGAAUCGAAAAGAGCUCUCCAGUCGACAGUAGAUUUUGAUAAGGAUCAAACAAUAAAAACGUUAGGCCUGCACUGGGAAACCAACACCGACCGUUUGAAAUAUGUUAUUCUCGAUUCACAAACUGACAUCACCUCAACGAUUACAAAAAGAACAACACUUUCUUGUAUCGCAAAAUUAUUCGACCCUCUAGGGUUACUAGGGCCCGUAGUGGUAACGGCCAAGUUUUUUAUGCAAGCUCUCUGGAGUUUGAAGGAAGACGACAAACUUUGGGACUGGGAUCGUGAACUCCCAGAAGAUAUGCAGAUUUACUGGAAAUCAUUUGUCGCUGAGCUUUCGCUUCUGAAUCAGCUUAGAAUCGAUCGAUUCGUUAUGCUUUCGAGCACUGUCGACUUCGAAUUACACUUUUUCUCCGAUGCGUCGGAAAAUGGAUACGGUUCCUGCGUUUACGUUCGGUCAACCAACUCAAAGGGCGAAAUCAAAACAGCACUACUUACAUCGUCUUCCAAGGUGGCACCCUUGAAGAAGCAGAGCAUCGCACGUCUAGAGCUUUGUGGAGCACUCUCGUCGGCUAAGUUGUACAGCAAGGUUUCGAAGUCACUCAGGGUUCCAGCAAAGGCAUUUUUCUGGGUGGACUCUACAACGGUUUUGAGCUGGUUGGCAGCAACACCUUCGUCAUGGUCGACCUUUGUAGGGAACAGGGUUUCGAAAAUACAAACAGCGACAGAGAAAUGCGACUGGAACUUCAUAGCUGGAGUUGAAAACCCGGCGGACAUAAUAUCCAGAGGACUUCCCGCAAACAAACUACUCGACAGCAGACUAUGGUGGGAGGGUCCGCAUUGGCUCGCUCAGGAGAGGAGUUUCUGGCCAGUGAAUGCUGCACAAUUUGAGCUUACGGAAGAGUCUGCUCAUGAGCGCAAAAGAAGCGCGCUAACGUCAGCUGCACUUGCACCUACAUUUGUGGACACGUACAUCGCCAAUUUCUCCAACUAUUAG